AUGGCUCCCUCCUCGCUUCCGUCAACUCCGCGGAUGCUGGAUCCCAAUGGUCCGUCAACAGCUUCCCCGGGCAAAUGGCGGCACCCGCAUUUGAAAGAGAUCAUUCGACGACAGAAUGCGUCCAGCGUCAAUGAGAAGACGGUUAGACGGCUGCUAUUGAAUGCAGGGACUUUGAUCUUUACCGGUUUUAUUGGCAAUACCUACAAGCAAUAUUCUCUAGCGAUUGGAUCAUUUUUACAAAUUCCGACCUACCCUGACAUCGUACUGCUUGCUAUCCGUCUUUUACUGUUUAUCAACAUUGCCAUGACUCUGUACCCUAUCUACCGGGCGCCAGACCAGGUAUCCGACAUCCCGCUGACUCCAUCCCAAAGGGCACUAUUGGGACUCGACCCCAGCAGCACGUCUCCUGCUACACAGGGAACAGAAUACAUUACUCCACCGAGAUACCGCAUAUCGUCAAGUUCCCGUAGGAGAAGCUCAGGAUCAUGGGGCAAUUCACCUUUCUCCUUCUCCGGAGCUGAAGACUCACCAACGAGAAGUUUCUCCGACAGUCCGCCGUUCAAUCCCUCCGGCAGCCCGCUCUUCCAGAAGGGAGUUCGGUCCGGUGGCCGGGAUAGCCGCCGUAGAAACAGCUUUGGCUCGCCAUCGCCCCUGGGACGGUCUAGCAUCGGAGCACGAGACGGGAGCUCACUGCGAGCUCCCUCGACGCCUACGCCGUUUGGCAAGGCCACGUCCCCUGUCAUGACACAGAAAUGGUUGUUUGAGAGAAGCCGGAUGUCCUCUCCUGGCAGCAGCGUGUUCAGCCAGUAA